AUGCGGUCUCAGCUUCUUCGCGCCGCUGCGCGCUCCAGGACUUGCUCUCUAUCCCGAAAGACGACCCGGACCUUCACCUCGUCUGCACGACGGCCCGCCGAGGUCGAACUCACAAUUGACGGCAAGAAGGUGUCGAUAGAGGCCGGGUCAGCUUUGAUCCAGGCCUGUGAGAAGGCCGGUGUCACAAUUCCCCGAUUUUGCUACCAUGAAAAACUCCUUAUUGCCGGUAAUUGUCGUAUGUGUCUAGUCGAAGUCGAACGAGUCCCAAAGCCCGUGGCCUCCUGUGCAUGGCCCGUCCAGCCCGGCAUGGUUGUCAAGACCAACUCGCCCAUGACACACAAAGCAAGAGAAGGUAUCAUGGAGUUUCUGCUCGCCAACCAUCCUCUAGAUUGUCCCAUCUGCGACCAAGGUGGUCAGUGCGAUUUACAAGAUCAGUCAAUGAGAUACGGCGCCGACCGGGGUCGCUUCCACGAGGUCUCGGGCAAGCGCGCAGUCGAAGACAAGAAUAUUGGACCAUUGAUCAAAACUUCGAUGAACAGGUGUAUCCACUGCACGAGAUGUGUUCGCUUCGCCAACGAGAUUGCCGGCGCGCCGGAGCUGGGCUCUACGGGUAGAGGCAACAGUCUGGAAAUCGGCACAUAUCUGGAAAAGAACCUUGAUACAGAACUCUCGGGCAACGUGGCCGACUUGUGCCCAGUUGGGGCUUUACUCACCAAGCCGGGAGCUUUCAGCUAUCGGCCUUGGGAACUCACCAAGUUCGAAUCGAUCGAUGUUCUGAACGCGUUGGGCUCCAACAUCCGGGUGGACGCCAGGGGUCUGGAAGUCAAACGCAUCUUGCCCAGGUUGAACGACGACGUCAACGAGGAGUGGAUUGAUGACAAGACACGAUUUGCGCUGGACGGGUUGAAAACACAAAGAUUAACCACCCCUUUGAUCCGGAAAGAUGAUAAAUUCUUGCCCGCCACCUGGGAGCAGGCGCUUACCGAGAUUGGCGAUGCAUUCAACAGACUGAAGCCUGCCGAAAAUGAAUUCAAGGCCAUCGCCGGACACCUCAUUGAAACCGAGUCCCUGGUUGCGCUGAAAGACCUGGCCAAUCGAUUGAACUCGGAGAAUCUUGCCCUCGAUCAACCCGGUGGCAGUGCCCCGAUCGCCCACGGUGUGGAUAUCCGAGCCAACUACCUGUUUAAUUCCAAGAUUACCGGUGUCGAGGACGCAGAUGCUAUCCUCAUCAUCGGCAGCAACCCACGAUGGGAAGCUGCUGUUUUGAACGCCAGAAUCCGAAAGCAAUGGCUGCGAGCGCCUGUUGAAAUCGGCUACAUCGGAGAAGCCUUCGAAAGCACUUUCCAGUACGACCACCUCGGUACCGAUGCUGCAGCCGUGAAGAAAGUUCUCUCCGGCGACUUUGGCAAGAAGCUGUCCACGGCAAAGAAACCCAUCAUCAUUGUGGGUAGUGCUGUUGCUGAACAUCCUGACGCUGCCGCCAUCUUUGAGACAGUCGGCAGCUUUGUCGACAAGAACCAAGCCAACUUCAUCACCCCCGAAUGGCAGGGCUACAAUGUCCUCCAGCGUGCGGCGUCACGAGCUGGCGCUUACGAAGUCGGCUUCACCACUCCGUCAACCAAAGUGGCGCAGACGACCCCCAAGAUAGUGUGGCUGCUGGGCGCAGACGAGAUUACCGAGGCAGAUAUUCCGAAAGAUGCAUUUGUCAUCUACCAAGGCCACCACGGCGAGACUGGUGCCCAACUGGCCGAUGUCGUCCUCCCUGGCGCAGCGUACACUGAGAAGUCGGGCACCUACGUCAACACCGAAGGCCGGGUUCAAGUCACACGGACCGCGGUUUCAUUACCUGGCGCCGCAAGAACAGACUGGAAGAUCAUCCGCGCGGCGUCCGAGUUCCUGGGUGUCCCUCUACCCUACGACGAUCUCGAAGUUCUACGAGACCGUCUCGAAGAGAUCAGUCCCGCCCUGCGACGCUACGACACUCUGGAACCAACUACUCUAUCCAGCCUGAGUAAAGUGCAACUGGUGGAUGCAAACAAGGGCGCUAAAACCUCGGGCAAGCCGUUCGAGCUGCCGAUCAAAGACUUUUAUUUGACGGAUGUCAUUUCGCGAAGUUCACCGACCAUGGCGCGCUGCUCGGCUGCAAAGAAGACCGGCAACCCCGACACGAACUUCCUGGCCCCAGGCGAGCCAGAGCCGCAGGUGUCGUACGGUUAA